AUGAGCGCUAGUUAUUUAACACCGGAGGUGACGACGGAGGACAGGAGCGGCCGAGAACGCCUGGGAUUGAGCUUCACCAUCGACUACCUCCUGUUCAAUAAAGGAGCCAAAGAUUCGUCAAGGGACUUCGAUUGUCGCAAACCCAAAGAGGUGGUCGCCGUACAGGAGAGGUCAGCAGAGACCGGAGAGAGGGACGUUAGAGGAGAGGAGGGGGAUGAAGAGCGACAAGAUGAGGGGGAGGAGGAGGUGACCAAUACCUGUGUCGCCACGUCCGACGAAAAACCCAACCAGUCGUACAUCGCGCUCAUCUCCAAGGCCAUUCUGGCGUCGGAGGAAAAGAAGUUGCUCCUGUGUGACAUCUACCAGUGGAUCAUGGACCACUACCCGUACUUCAAGAGCAAGGAUAAAAACUGGAGGAACAGCGUGCGCCACAACCUGUCGCUCAAUGAUUGCUUCGUCAAAGCCGGACGCAGCGAAAACGGCAAAGGCCACUUCUGGGCUGUCCACCCAUCAAACUACAAGGACUUUUCCAACGGGGACUACCACUGCCGAAGGACACGGCGAAGGGUUCGCAGGGUAGCCGGGCAGCUUCCGCUCUCACCUCUCGGAAUGCCCUUUCAUCUGGCACGCCACCAUCGGGCUACCUGUUGGUGCUGCCCUCAGGUCCACACACUCCCUUUACCCUGUUUCCCUCCCAGACUCUACUGGCCUUGGUCCAGUGUCCAAGUGUCAGGCCUGCAUGUCUCUGGACCCUAA